CAACAGCUUCAAACCGGUUUAUGGGAUACAAAAGGCGGCUGCAGCUUCCUGCAGUCUGUUUCAGAGCCGGAGGAUGGAGAGCAGUCCGCCGUGAGCGCACACCGACACCCGGCUGCACAUGGAGGCCGUCUGAGGAGGAGGAGGAGGAGGGAGCGAGGCACCGCUCAGCUUGUUUCCUGGUCCCUGCAGGUCAGACCAUCAUGUCAUCCCCGGGUAGUGGCCCUUCAGGUGCCCGACCCCUGGCCUUGGAUGGUGGGUGGGGCUGGGUGAUCGUGGUGUCUGGUUUUCUGGCUCUGCUUCUGGGGUAUGGCUCCCCUCAGUCUGUGGGCAUUCUAUACCCAGAGUGGCUGGUAACCUUUGGGGAGGGGAAGGCCAUGACGGCCUGGGUGGGCUCAGUGGUCACUGGAGUCGGACUCAUCGUGGGUCCGAUCUGCAGUGUCUGUGUGGUGAAUUUCGGUGCCCGGCCUGUCACCAUUUUCAGCAGCGUCAUGGUGGCGGGGGGGCUGAUGCUGAGCGCCUUCGCUCCCAACGUCUCCUUCCUCAUCUUCUCCUACGGCGUUGUGGUUGGUGUCGGUGUCGGUCUGCUGUACGCUGCCACCCUCACAAUCACCUGUCUGUACUUUGACAAGAGGAGGGGUCUUGCUCUGGGGAUAGUGACCACAGGUUCAAGUGCUGGUGGCUUCCUGUAUGCCACGCUGCAGGGCGAGUUUGUGGAUCUGUUCGGGCUGGAUGGCUGCCUCCUCCUCGUUGGCGCACUGGCCCUCAACAUCAUAGCGUGUGCUGGCCCCAUGCGACCUCUGACCCCACCUAAAUACUACCUCAAACAGCGAGCCGCCAUCUUAGAGCAGCACCGUCGGGAGGAGCAAGAGCUGACCAAUGAGAAGCUUUUGACUAAAGAUCAGGUUAUGAUCAUGGAAACCACAGAAUCACAGGUCAGGAGGUGCAGCUUAUUGAGCUGCUCGGUCUUCAUCGAGAGGAUGAAGAUGAAGAUGAAGCGUCAUACGCGGUCCUCGUCCUCCCUGUCAUCUGUCCUUCAGGACCGAGUUUUUCUGGCACUGUGUGUCUCUCUCUUCUUCUUCAGCUUUGGCAGCUCCCCCCCUGCCCUCUUCUUGGAGGACUUGGCUCAGAGUGCCAGGCUGACGGAGGAUGUCCCCCCCAUCUCCCUGGUGUCCUUGCUGUCCAUUGGGAGCGGUGUGGGCAAACUGACCCUGGGCGUCAUGGCGGACGUGCCGCGGGUAGACAGUGUGGUCCUGUAUGCCCUGACAGUGGCGGUGAGCGGGCUUGGAGUCAUCCUAAUUCCCCUGACCAGGUCGUACCUGGGCCUCCAGGUGCUGUCUGUAAGCUUGGGCUUCAUGGCCGGGAACUGGACCCUGACGCCGUAUGUCACAGGUCAGGUGGUCGGCUUGGAGAAGCUCGCCGAUGCUCAUGGGAUACUCAUGUUCUUUGGGGGCAUUGGCAUCGUGCUGGGUUCUCCUGUUGUAGGUUUUUUCUAUGACUUGUGUCAGUCGUAUGAUGUCGCCUUCUUCAUCAGUGGAGGCUGCAUGUUCACCACCAGCAUCCUCCUCUUCCUCGCUGCUCUUCUUCCACGAAAACAAACUCCUCCUCUUCCUCCUCUGCAGCUCCCAGACACGGAGAUCCUAAGCUGUGAGGUUACCACAGUAACAGAUGCUGCCUCGCCUGUCUCCGCACAGACCGAACAAAUCUGGAUCCUGACCCCGAAUGAAGUUUGAAGCCUGGGCUCCGGUUCUGGUCACAGUCGAUGUUUACACAACGGUUUGAUUUUCUGAAAUCAAACUUUAUUUACAAACUUUCUCAUGCACAAACGUCAGCCUGGGGUUUUUGGAUUUGAGCGCUUCCUUGCCUGGAAGACAACACUCAGGGUUCAUUUAUCCUUUUUUGGUGCUUUGACUUGAAUUUAAAUCCAAUUUAAACACUGACAGAAAUAAAGCAGGAUAAGCUUCACCAUGUCUGACAGAAACUCCUGUGACUGUGAGACGGUGAGGUCAUCGCGCCGCCGCUCAGACUCUCAGGUUUUAAAGUUUCACUCCAAGAUGAGAUGAACUCGGAGCGACAGCAGAGAGUGCAGCCUGUCAAACUGACAGUGUCAUCAGUGUUCGCUUUUCUUUUGGCCAAAAUCUGCUUUGGUUUUAUUUUCAAUAGCUUUUCAUCUGAACACUAUUUUAAUUCAUGGUCAUAUAAUUUUCAUAAACAGUGUUGGGGAUUUUUAUGUUGAUCCUCUGACGUUUUCUGCUGUUUCUUUUUAUUUGAAACUUCUUGUUGUUUGAUAUAUUUGUUUUUUGUUUUUUUAAAUUCAUCUGAUAUUUGAAGAAAAGGUCAUGUUGUGUGUUUAUAGAAGAAAGU